CUCAAAACCAAAGAAUACGAUGAGUAUUAAUCAAACCAGCCAAGCUAAGGUGUGUUCAAAUAGGACUCAGGUCAAGUGUCAUCAAUAUGCUGCAUGAACUGGUCAUAAGAGUCGGAAGGCAGACUUGCUAAGCACUUCGACAUAGAGGAAAGACAACACAACGUCUAUUGGAUCGCGAAGCAUGAAGGAAUUGCUAAGGGAGAGUUUUCACUUAUUCUUGCUCAUGUAUUUGUAUUUUGUUCAACGCAGCAUUGGCGCUACAGAUACCAUAAGUACAACCCACUUUCUGAAAGAUGGUGAUGCCAAUAUUACUUCACCUGAUGGAACCUUUGAAAUGGGGUUUUUCAGUUCAGGUAGUUCCAAAAAUCGCUACGUGGGUAUGUGGUACAAAAGCUUAUCUGUUAGGACAGUGGUGUGGGUUGCCAACAGAGAAGCUCCCUUGACCAGUGGGUCAGGUAUCCUUAAGGUUAUUGAGCCAGGACGUCUCGUCCUUCUCAAUGACACUAACAAUGUUGUAUGGUCAACUAAUACCUCUACAUCUGUGCAGAAUCCCAUUGCACAGUUGCUGGAUUCUGGGAAUCUUGUUGUGAAACAAGCUGGUGAUGAUAAUUUCCUUUGGCAGAGUUUUGAUCACCCAACUGAUACACUAUUACCAGGCAUGAAGCUUGGUUGGAACUUUUUAACUGACAGAGAGGUGUACUUGUCAUCGUGGAAGACCCAAGAGGAUCCAGCUCCAGGUGAUUAUACAUAUCACUGUGAUCCUUCUGGAUAUCCACAGAACAUCCUGAAGAAGGGGUCAAAUGUUGUCUAUCGAUCAGGACCGUGGAAUGGUCUUCAUUUUAGUGGAACAAGAAACCCAAGAGGCAGUCAUUUAUACAAAUAUGAGAUAAUCUCAAGUAAGACACAGGUUUAUUUUGGAUAUAAGCUCAUAUCUUCAGUUAUCACAAGGUUGAUACUAAAUCAGAAUGGUGCCCUAAAACUUUGGACUUGGGGUGAUCAUGUAUCUGAUUGGAUCCCUCAACUCUCAAUACCCGCAGAUAACUGUGAUGCUUACAAACUGUGUGGCGCAUACGGGACUUGCAACAGUCAAGAUUUUACUGUAUGCAGAUGCUUAGACAGAUUUGUGCCCAACAAUAGUGAAGCUUGGAAGAAGAGAAACUGGUCAGGUGGCUGUGUUCGGAAAACAGAACUAAAUUGCCUUCAAGGACAUAGAUUUUUGAAGUAUUCGCAUAUCAAAUUGCCAGACACACGGAAUUCCUGGUCCGAUGUGACUAUGACACUUGAAGAAUGCAAGAAUACCUGCUCUAAAAAUUGCUCUUGUAUGGCUUACGCAAAUCCUGACAUACGCAAUGGAGGAAGUGGAUGCUUGUUGUGGUUCGAGGAUCUGCUUGACAUUAAGGUGGUUUCCGAUGAAGGUCAAGAUAUCUACAUAAGAAUGGCUGCUUCUGAACCAGAUAGUCUGGAGAAAUCAGAUGGAAAGAAAAGAAAAGUACUUUUCUGGAUUCUGCCAUUAUCAGUUGGUCUGAUUCUGGUAAUUCUUAGCAUGUUGAUCUUCCAUAGAAGAAGGAAGAAGGCUUUACAGCUCAAAAGGAAAGGUAGGUCGGGACGCAAUGGCAACUACAAGAUGGAUCAUAGUGGUAAUUGUGAGGAAGAAUUUGAGAUACCAAUGUUUGACUUAUCUACCAUAAUGAAGGCUACCAAUAACUUUUCAAUAGACAGAAAGAUUGGAGAGGGGGGCUUUGGACCGGUUUACAAGGGCAUACUUGAAGGACGGGAAAUAGCUGUCAAACGGUUGUCCAGAACUUCCAAACAAGGAGAAGGUGAGUUCAAGAAUGAAGUUUUAUAUGUUGCAAGACUUCAGCACAGGAAUCUGGUGAAGAUUCUUGGUUGCUGCAGUGACGGGGAAGAAAAGAUGUUGAUCUAUGAGUACUUGCCGAACGGGAGUCUUGAUUCAUUUAUAUUUGAUGACACACAAAGCAAGGCAUUAGACUGGCCUAAGCGAUUUCACAUUAUCAAUGGUAUAGCUCGGGGACUUAUGUAUCUGCAUCAAGAUUCUCAAUUGAGAAUAAUUCACAGAGACCUGAAAGCUAAUAACAUUCUGCUAGACAAGGACAUGAAUCCAAAGAUAUCAGACUUCGGCUUGGCAAAAAUAUGUGAAGAGGAUGACAUUGGAGCCAUGACAAACCGAGUAGUUGGAACAUAUGGGUACCUCUCACCGGAAUAUGCUUUGUACGGGAAAUACUCAGUAAAAUCAGAUGUAUUUAGCUUUGGUAUUUUAGUAUUGGAAAUUGUAAGUGGAAAAAGCAACAGAAAAUCCUGUCAUCCAGACUAUAGCUUUAAUCUACUUGGCCAUGCAUGGAAUCUCUAUAAAGAAGGCAGGUCAACAGAACUACUUGAUGAAUGUCUAGGUGAUUCUUGUUCAACAUAUGAAGUGGUACGAUCAAUCGGUGUUGGUCUAUUAUGUGUCCAGCAAUGUCCUGAAGAUCGUCCAAAUAUGUCUUCUGUGGUUCUGAUGUUAAACAAUGAAGGUGUGUUGCCGUUGGCUAAACAGCCAGGUUUUUACAUAGAAGGAAAUGCACCUAGUAGUGGUGCAUUUUCUUCUAGCCAAUAUGCAGAGAGUACAGUGACUGAGACCCCUAUCACAAUACUAACUGCCCGAUAGAAGAUAUUGUUUUACUGUUCGUUACAAUCUUGCAGUUGUAAUAAUCUUUUCUUUAAGUCUUUGAAGCAACGUGGUGAAAAAAUAUUGUUCAUGAUUCUGCUUUUUUGGUGUAUCAACUAUGGAAGAUCUUCUUCAUGAAGAAGAGAUAGUCCA